AUCUAUGAACAAAGCCCUAUAAAGUUGGAACUGUUUCCUAUGAUUUUCCGCAUUUUGAGUAUUAGAGAAAUAACUCUCGUUGAAGUUCGAAUCGCACCAGAGAAGAAGAGGCCUUUAAGAUGUUGUUGAAGGUGAUAAUAUUCUUUAUACUCGCUAUUACUAGUAAUAUUUGUACGGCGAACAAGGAAGGCGAAGACUCUAAAAACGACACCGCAACUAAUAAACUAGUUGAAACAAUUCUUUCCGAAGUAAGGCAUAUUUUUCAUAGAAAGCCAGAUAUAAAAAAUGUACCUAGAUAUGGGAUUAUAUCGUUUACUCCUGAGAAAAAUCAUAGUACUGCGAAUAGUAAAGUCCUUCGAGUGAGAGUUCAUAAUACAUUUAGAAAGAAAAAGUAUACUCUCAACCUCGUCCCAAUCGAAAAUAAUGUUAUCAUUGAUCGAGCGACUCUUGUAUGGGAAGUAAAGUCUUCUUGGAACACUCCGCUAAAUUAUACAUAUUCUAUUGCCAGUUUCGCUAAAGAAUUUAUGUUGGGCAAGUUUUAUCAAGAUAUCAAGAUGAUGGCCAUAUUGCAAGUCUUCGAAAAAGACGGUGUGACCUAUUAUGAUGGAGCAAUAGGAGAAAGUAAGAACGGUCAAGUGGUCCGCCCUUUUCCUCAAAAAUGGAAAGAUGAGAUCUAUAGCGUAAGCCCCGAAGACCAUAUUGUUUACAGUGUAGGUAAGAAAAAUAAAAAGGCUACGGAAAUUAUAUAUCCAAAGCUAAUUAUCGUCGUAGAUUACACUUUAUAUGAGGCACUUGGUUCUGUUUCGGAAACUAUUCAAUACGUUGCAACAUUCUGGAAUGCAGUCAAUUUGAAGUAUUCUGUCUUCAAAAAACCGAAAGUGAAUAUUUUACUUACCGGCAUCGUCAUAGUAAAGGAUUCUACUGCCGCUCCUUAUAUUUAUAAAGCAGAGCGCGAUGCAAAAGAAAAGAAGGCGAACGUUAAACUAGCCAAUACAGUACUAGAUCAUGGUCGAGCUUAUUACAGUAAAACAUUUAUGGAUGAUACAGGCUUUCGUAAUUAUGACGGCACUAUUCUCAUGACAGCGUCAAAAACUAGGUAUUUAGGACUUGCAUACAAAGGUGAAAUUUGUAAUAAACCCUACAGUUUUGCUUAUAUUUCCGAUUUUGGGGACUAUUCUGGAGUGAACACAGCUGCUCAUGAACUGGGACACUUGCUCAACUUUAGUCACGACGACGUAAAGGGGAACGAAAAUUGUAGGGAACUCAAACAAAAACUUAGUCCUGGUGAGACAAUCGGGUCAGUAAUGAACAGCUAUCGGCAAUACGUAAACGAAAAAAUGUGGUCUAACUGCAGCAGACAGGCUCUUGAGAAACUAGUUUCGGAGAAGAAAGCUGAUUGCUUGAGAUCAAAAAUUCGAGAACAUACAAGAAAAGCCUAAUAAAAUUAUUUUGUAAUUUUCUAAUAAAUUUUUUUAGGCAAA